AUGGUCGUUGACACUGCGUAUUACGAUCUUUUGGGCAUCCAACCAACAGCUACUGCAGCGGAGAUUAAGAAGGCAUACAGAAAAAAAUCUAUUCAAGAACAUCCUGAUAAGAAUCCUGAUGAUCCAACAGCUACAAAAAGAUUCCAAGCUAUAUCUGAGGCGUAUCAAGUGUUGAGUGAUGAGACUCUUCGUGCUAAAUAUGAUAAGUUUGGGAAGAAAGAAGCCAUUCCAAAGGGUGGAUUUGAAGAUGCUGCUGAACAAUUCAAUGUUAUCUUUGGCGGUGAUGCUUUUGCGUCAUACAUCGGUGAGUUACAAUUACUAAAAAAUUUACAAAAGAGUGAAGAAUUGUCAAAUGAGGAUGAAGCUGAAAAACAAAGAGAAAAAGAAAAAGAGGAAGAAGAAAAAAAGAAGCGAGAACAACAACAGUCUAAUGAGUCACAUAAUCAAACAAAAUUAGAUGGUGAUAUUAAACAUUUAACCAUCCAUGAAAGCAACAAUACGGAUCAAGACACUGACAAGGAGAAGAAAAAAAAAAAGACUAAAUUAGAACAAUUUGAAGAAGAACAAGCUAUUGAAAAGGAAAAACAAAUCGAAGCUUUAAGCAAGAUUUUAAUUGAUAGACUUUCUAUCCUAACCGAAAGUUCCUAUGACGAUGACUGUAAAUUAUCGUUUGAAAAAAAAUUUGAAGAGGAGGCAAAUCUAUUGAAGAUGGAAUCAUUUGGUCUUGAUAUAUUACAUACAAUUGGCGACGUAUAUUGUGAACAAGCAAGAAUAUUUCUAGGAUCACAAAACUUUUUUGGAUGGGGAGGAAUUUUCCAUUCUAUGAAAGCUAAGGGUGGUGUAGUCAUGGAUACCUUAAGAACUGUAUCUGCUGCUCUUGAUGCACAACACACAAUGCAAGAAUUAGAGAAGAUGAAAGAUGCCACCGAGAAGAACGAACCUAUAUUUGACAAAAAUGGUAUAGAAAUUGAAAAACCAACUGAAGCAGAAAUGGCUCGACAAGAACAGUUAUUAAUGGGUAAAGUAUUAUCUGCAGCAUGGCAUGGUUCUAAAUUCGAAAUUAUGUCAAACUUGAGAGGUGCGUGUAAAAAGGUUCUUGAAGAUCAAACUGUUGAUUUAAAUACUAGAAUAAGAAGAGCUGAAGCAUUAAAAAUACUAGGUAAAGUCUUCCAAAGAGCAUACAGAACUAAGGCAGAACAAGAAGAAGCUCAAGUUUUCGAAGAAUUAGUGGCUGAAGCUACAAAAAAGAAAAAAUCUUCAGCAUAA